AUGCGCGAACCAAUAGCGACCGCAAACCCAGCGUUGACAGCCGGAAGCGCGGUGGCGCCCUCUACCGUGGCCACAAUGUUUGGCAUUUCGAACGUGCAGAUCGUGCAGUCGCUUAAUGGGCUACCACCGUUGCAAUCGGAUGGUGGAUCCACGUGUAUCGUUCGCACGGUGAGCCGAGCUUCGUCAAUCGGUGGACCGGGAAGUGGUGUGGCGUUAAGAAAAUCCACCGGUGGAAGCAGAACCAGCAGUCCGGCCACGAGUGUCAAGCGAAAUAGCUCCAGUUCGAGCUUCAGCAGUAGCAGCGAACGUCGGAGCGUUUUCUACACCGAUCCUGAGCAGGGCAGCACGACGGAAGCGGCCGAAAAGGACGAUGCGAUGACGAACGACGAUAGCUGCUCGACAUCGGAUGCGGCAGUCUGCCGAACGCCGAAGGAUUCCCCACCGAAGGACGAACCGUUGCGGCGACUUGACAACGGUCAGGUGAGACGCAAACAGCGCCCAACGAGUGGUGGCAUGCCGGAGGGUGUGAUUGGACCGCGGGCGCACCUAAAGCUAGUCAGCCAGGAGCUGGAAUGGGAGCGGAAGUUCCGCGACGAUCAGCUAUCCCGCAUCCUGAAGGGGCUGAUUGCGUUCGAGACGCGGUUAAAGCACGAACAGCAUCGCAUCCGGCAGCAGCUGUACGAAAAGGACGACGUUAUCAACCGGCAGAAUUGCACGAUUAACCGGAUGAAGCGGAAGCUCGCCGACGAAGCCGUUGGGGAGGCUGAUCUGGAGGGUUUAGAGGAUGCUCCAACCACCGACGGGGACUCCCAAGAGGUGGCCCAAUAUUGCCCGAAGUGUCGCAAAAACUAUUACCGGCUCGAGUGCCGUACGAGCGGGACGCAAACCUUCGACUACUGUCUGCGGGAUGAUGGAGCGGAGAGUGUAAAUACGGAAAACUUGUCCCUCAACAGCGUGGAAUAUGCGUCGUCAAGCGAGGAACAGGAAUCGUCACUGUACGUGCGGGCCAACUCGUUUAAGGACGCCCGCCGAAGCCGGAAGUACACAAGCAAACGCUCCUACCAGGGCUACCAGCGAGGACCAUCGCGUGCAAGCAGCUUCAAAAGUACGGCCUCCGGACCAGCCACGGGUACGCUGGCGAAACUGGCCAGCGAACGGAACGGUCGAGCGAGGCUUGAGGAGGAACCGGGCCACGAGGCGUACGUUAACAUCGAACCAAAUGCGAAUGUGCCUAAAAUAGUGAUCUACGAGAACUACGAGAGCGACAAGGAGAACAAACGGUUGGAUCAGAACCGCCGGGAGUGCAACAACUACGAUAACGUGGCACCGUACUCGAAUCGGAUUGAUUCGCUACAUGGCAUCCAUGGGAGGUUUGCCGAUGAUGGUCAGCAGCAGUUGGAGCGUGGAGGCGAAUAUCCUUCUCGCGGUGCAGGAUCGAAACGAAGCGAUGGUAGUGAACAGAUGGAGCUGGAUGAUGGAACUAUCUUCUAUGAAGCACACGCGAGCGCUGGAAGUGUAGCAAAUCAGCAGAAGUACACCGAGGGGAUGGAGAUGAAGCAAACGAUCGAGACGAACGAUGAUUGGUAUGCCAGUGCGAGCGAUAUGGAGGACUCGGAUACGGCACUUGGGAAACCGUACAGCAAUGCGGCCGUCAAUCCGGUGCUGGAGUGCGUCAAUCAGAUACUUCUCCAGCAGUCGAUGGAUGGGUUUGGUGAUGGCAGCAAGGACACGGGAACGGGCGAUGGAACCGGUGAAGAGGAGCACUACAUCAAGGCACAUCAACCGUCUCCACCACCGGCAAAGGAGCAAACGGCGGUUCGAUCGAAGAGAGUGCACUUUUCGACGCAGAACAGCAUGGUGCAGGUGCCAAGGAUAUCGCUUCAGUCGGCGCCAUCGAGCCAGGGUGGUUCGGUUGGCCGAAAGGACGACAAAGUUUCACCUACUUACGAAAUUCAGAGCAUCUACAGCAACGAGUACGAACCGAUCGGCUCGGAGCAUAACUCCUACUCGAACUAUUACGUCGACAUGGAGUCGAAGCUUGGUUCGGAGGACCGUGAACGCGAACAGGCACUGGCGGAGAAGCGCAAAACUCCACCGGCUUUACCACCGAAGCCGGCCAAUCUCCUGAAACUGCAGCAACUUUCGAAGGGUGGGCAACGAAAUCAGUCACUUGUAGGACCGGCGGCGAAAGGACGAAACUCGUCCGCACAAAGCGACAUUGCGGAAUCGGAACCGGACUACUGUUCUAUCAGCGAGAUUCAGGACUCGGUGAAGUGCGUUCAGAUUGUGGCGGAGAUUCACAAGGACGCGUGUGAGGAUGACUACUCGAUAGUGGACGAGCAGGAAGCUGGGCUCGUCACGUUGGAGGUGCAGGAUGCGUCCGAAACGGUGGAAACGGGCAGCAAGAAAAGCGCGUCCGAGCUGGAGGAAUCCUUUGCCGACGUGCCGAAACUCCCGAACGUGGCGGAAAUAGUGCCACCGAAGAAGGAACCGUUCAACAAGUUCAUCAGCCAGGAUAAUUACAUAACCAAAUCGCCCGGAGGACCCGGAAGCCCGAUCAAAAGUGCCGUCGCAGGAAUGCCGUCAGUGACGACGACGACAAGCACGACGCCGGUGGUGACACCGGCCAAAAAGGACGACGGUGAGUUCCGGGAGCAACUGUCGGAGAUUAUAGCCGAGAUCAACAAGCAGUCGCCCGCCAUCCGGAACGCGUCGAAGAAGCAAAUACCGGUAAAGGACCUCAGCCCGGCGUUCCGGGGCGUUAGCCAAAUACCGAGCGUGGCGUUCCACUCGAAGCUGAAACCGGUCGAUAAGUUGAGCUUCCUCUCGAAACCAACCGCUGGGACGUUGUCCGGGUCGAUCCCGAGCCUGAAAAUGACCGGUUCGAUUGGCCGACCGGCCCUAAAACCGUCCAUGCUAAAGUCGUCCCUUUCGACGAAAGCACUCUCGAGCACGAACCUCGCGCUGGGUAGCAGCAGUUUGGCCCAAUUCGGUAGCCCAGUGAAGUCGGUUUCGUACAUUCCCAACCUCAAGACACCCGGCUCGAGUGGGACGCUACCCGGGAGCGUGUCCUGCGUGGCUGGUAACACCGGAAGUGGCACCGGAAACUCACCGAUAAAAUCGUCCACUUCGCCGGCAAAGAAAGCACCGGGUUUGGGAAAUGUGGCAGGUGGAUCAGCCGCGGUUUCGACGGUCUCGAUGCCAACUCCGGUGCCGGUAAUCAUCGCCGAGGACAGUAAGUUGCCAAUUCAGGCGGAAUUUGACUGGUACAAUCUGGACGCUGAGUAUGGGAAAUCCAACCAACCGGACGUCAUUGUCGAGGCGGAUCCAACCAACGCGAAUGGUGAUGCUGACGCAGGAGCACCGACUGAUGAAAAGGACACUGCGUCAUGCUCGGAAAAGCCCGCCAAUUCCGGGGAACUCAACGGUAAUGAAAGCUCACCAACGGCCAACGGUCCAGCGGGAGCAACCGAACUCGAGGACGACCCUUGCGAGGACGAGCUAGAGAACGUGGAGUACAACCUAGACGAGGAGUACAAGAGUGUGGGACCGAUCGUGCCACCGCCGGACAUCAUCCAGAAGAGUGCACCCGUGACGCCACCGAAGAAUGGGAAAAUUCCCUACAACAGCCUGUCGUUCAAGGAGCUGAUGCAGCUCAACGAAACGCCCAAGAUUGGAGCGGAGAAAGCGAAAGCGAAGGCAACCGGUGCCGGUACCGAGAACGGACCUGGUGGCAGGAAUUACGAGCACUUCCUGGAUGACUCGGGUCUCUGCUCGAAACCGAUUAUCCUGCCGCGGAAGAAGCGCGUGUACUAUUCGGGUCCGUUCGUUUGACCGGAGGUGACGUAGCGUGAGACCAAGAUGGCGUAGGGCUUAGGGCGAUUGGUCAUAGUUUAUUUGUUGUUCGAUUUGUAGGCUAGCACAAGUGCGCAUCACUUGGAUGAGCUGUCGUUUAACGUUUAGAGAGCACAUCAAGUGUUGUCAACCCGGCCCGAAGUAGGGUGAACGUCCCUGCGUAUCGAUCCGUGUAAUAUCUUAUCGCGAACGUUCACACAGAUAAGACGACCCAGUGCAUUAUUAAGUAGAUGAGGUAUUAGGAAGAAAAAAAUGGAAAGAGAGAGAGAGAGAGAGAGAGACGGAAAAACAUGCGUCCACCACCUGUCGGCUUGACGGGAACUGUGCCAAUGUUGUGUUCUAUGCUUUCUGCUAGCGAUCCGUAAAGUUAGUGCGAGGGAUUGAUCAUUUCCUUUUCCCGGUGAAAAGGUCCAAUGCUUCUGAUUUCCGCUGCGGGAAUAGUUAGUAGGCGCGUUACGUAUCCUGCGUAUCCUGGCGCGUAAGCGCGUUAGUAAGCGACCCGUUUGCGUACGUUCGCGUUAAGUGAGUUAAAC